AUGGCUUCGCAGCGUAGCUUAUCUUCCGACGACACGAAAGCGACUAUGUCGUCUCAGCCUCACCCCUCGUCGAACCAACAAAAUGCCGACCCUAAUGGCUCGAAUGUCUCGCGUGGCUCGAACCGCUCGAACGGCUCGAAUGAUUCGAACGGCUCUCCGAUCGUCGUGCUGUCGUACCGUCAAGCGGCGCGUCUUGUCGCCAUGUCGACCGUGGUUCUCGUGCUGCUGCUCGCCGCUGCCUUCCACCUCGGCCGAAUGUCCAUCGGAGAAAUCGCAGCCGUCGAUUCGUCACACCUGAACAAUCUCCCCGCAGUCUCGUUAAGCGAUGUCUCAACAUUAUUCUCCCCUGAAACCCCUCGGCGUCGCGUGCUGAGAUCCCGCGGUCGUCCCAGACCGGCCAAACCCGCCAAAAAAACUGCUCCCGCCGAAAAUCCUCCUCCCGCCGAAAAUCCUGCUCCCGCGGAAAAGCCUGCUCGCGCGGAAAAGCCUGCUCCCGCCAAAAGACGUGCUCCCGCCAGAAAGCCUGCUCCUCGCAAGAAAAAGCCGCAAGCAGAGGUAAGAGUAGAGGUGAAGGAGGAGGCGAAAGAGGAGAUUAAGAGCGGCGGAGAUAUCAAGGAGGUGGUUGAGGUCCCCGCUGAUCAGGCUGCUGCUGCUGACGACGACGCAGCAAAAGCAGCAGAAGCAGCGGCUGCUGCGGCUGCCGCUGCUGCGAAUGGUGCUGGUGGGGAAGGGGGAGGGGGUGCUAUUGGUGGUGAGGCUGGCGGAUCAGCUGCUGCUGCUGAUUCUGCUGGUGAGCCUGCCACGCCUGCUGCUACGGUUGAGGCUACUACAGCUGCUGGUGCGUCAGACGCCGCAAGCUCCACAUCACCAGCCGCCACGUCAGCUCCUGCAGAGUACACGUCAGCGUCUGCUGACGGAGCAGCGAUCCCCGCAACGACGGUUGACCCAACGACGUACUACACGGCGGAGGGGUUGCAGCGGCUGCAGGACCCGUGUGGGGGAAUUGGCGGUGUCAGCGGGAAUCCCGGUACCAGCGGCAAUCGGAGGUGCUACAAUCGGUGCCACAGGCGAACGCGGUCGGGGUACUGUGUGAAGGAGCUGCUUUCGCUCUAUGAUGAAGCGUACAGCCCACCGUGGCCGGCACGGGUGGACCUGGUGGUGCGAAGCUAUGAGUCGGACAACUUCUUCCUCACGACUCCCCCUUCCCUGCUCCCCCUUCCCCCCCAUCUCCCCCAUCUCCCCCAACCCCCCCUCGGCCCUCAGCCCUCUCUGGCCCGCGCGGAUGGACCUGGUGGUGCGCAGCCACGUGUCGGACAACUUCUUCCUCCGCCCAUCCCCACCCCCUUCCAUCCUUCCAACUCCCAUCCUUCCAUCCUGCCCCCCUCAGUCCCCUGUGGCCCGCACGGUCCCUUGUGGCCGGCACGGGUGGACCUGGUGGUGCGCAGCUACGUGUCGGACAACUUCUUCCUCACGGCGUUCCUCUUUGCCAGCAUCGAGCAGAUGUGGCCAGCUGGCAUUGGUGACGUCAUCCUGGUGCUGGAUGAGAGCGAUCGCCACGUGGAGGACAUCGUGCCGCCCUGGGUCAAGAUCUACUAUGAGAAGAACUACCUGGGCCUGACACCCAAGCUGGUGCAGCAGUGGAGCUACCUGUGGGCCGACAACUACACCACCGCGCCCUACAUUGCCAUCAUAGAUGAUGACGUCAUCUUCAACCUCAAGUCAUUCCUUCCCUCCCCCAAACCGCCACCCCUCGCCACCCCCCCCCCCCCCCCGCUACCAGGUGACACCCGGGCUGCUCUUUAA